CGGCAGGGGGCGCUGUGGCGUUCACACCGCGCAGCUUUAACACUGUUCAAUACCAGCGAAGAAGAGUCCGUUCAGUGCGGAGCAGACAUCAGUUAGCCAUCUUCUGUGUGAAACACUGAAGAUUAAACACCCUGUAUCGGUUUUAACGUGGUCUCUGGCGGGUGAUCAGCGUUUGAAUCAUUAAACACACCUCCAGGAUUCCUCAGGGUCGUUCAAAGCUGCGAAAAUGGCGGAAAACACAGAACAAAAUGAGACGAAGCACGACAGCUCCUCAUCUCCAGGCAUGACGGACCAGGAGAAGGAAGUGGCAGCGAGUGCUUACGAAGCAUUCUCAGCGGGGAAAUACGAGGAGUCUCUGAAGCAGCUCGAAGCCCUGCAGGACUUGAACAAAGAGGACUACAAGAUCGCCCUGAACAGAGCCGUGGUGGACUUCUAUAAGAGCGGUCAGACCACCACAGGAACUCUGAAGCAGACUCUGCUGGCCAUGAAGAACCAGGUUCACACAUCAGCGGAGGACGUGGACGGGCUGGACGAUGUGGAGAACAGUCUGCUGUACUACAACCAGGCCAUCAUCUACUACCACAUGAGACAGUACUCUGAGGCGAUCUCCAUCGGAGAGAGACUCUACCAGUUCCUGGAACCGUUCGAGAAGUUUGCUCAGGCCGUGUGCUUCCUGCUGGUGGAUCUGUACCUGCUCACCUUCCAGCCUGAGAAAGCCCUCCACCUGCUGGCUGUGCUCGACAAACUGUCUGUGCAGGGCAGCAACAAGAACGGCAAAGGAGAGAACAAUUCAAACAAAGACGGAGCCAAUCAGAAGGCAGAGUUCACCGCCAUGAUCGAGGCAGCUAAAUCAAAGAUGCACCAGUACAAAGUCAGAGCCUACAUCCAGAUGAAGUCAUCUAAAGCCUGUAAGAGGGAAAUCAAGUCCGUCAUGAACACAGCAGGGAACUCCGCUCCCUCGCUCUUCCUUAAGAGUAACUUUGAGUACCUGAGAGGAAACUACCGGAAAGCAGUGAAGCUGCUGAACAGCUCUAAUAUCGCAGAGCAUCCCGGCCCCAUAAAGACAGGUGAAUGUGUUCGAUGUAUGUUCUGGAACAAUCUGGGCUGCAUUCACUUUGCUAUGGGGAAACAUAACCUGGGCAUUUUCUACUUCAAGAAGGCACUGCAAGAGAACGACCACACCUGUGCACAGCUGGGCGACGGAGGCAACGGGCAAUCUAAGAAGUUCACAGGUAUCCCAAUGUGUGCUCUGCUAGCUAACAAGCGCUAUGAGCUGCUGUAUAACUGCGGCAUUCAGCUGCUGCACAUUGGACGGCCUCUGGCGGCAUUCGAGUGUUUGAUGGAGGCGGUGCAGGUUUAUCACUCUAACCCCCGGCUGUGGCUGCGGCUCGCAGAGUGCUGCAUCUCUGCUAACAAAGGGGGCUCGGAGCAGGAGAGUAAAGGUUUACCAUGUAAAAAAGGAAUCGUUCAGUCCAUCGUGGGGCAGGGUUAUCAUCGUAAGAUCGUCCUGGCCUCUCAGACGACUCAGAACACCAUCUACAGUGAGGGUCAGUCAGCAGCCAUCCCAGUAGCUAGUAUGGAGUUUGCAGCGAUCUGUCUGAGGAAUGCUCUGCUGCUGCUCCCUGAACAUCAGACGCAGGACGCUAAGACAGAGAACGGCUCCAAGAGCUCCAGCCAAUCAGGGAGCACCGAGAGCGGCAGCGAGAACAGUGAUGCCUGCAGUGGGAAAGGUCAGGAGGCUGAUAAGUUUCUGUCUGCAGCGCCGUCGUCUCCUCUUAGGAAACAGGAAGUAGAAAACCUCAGGUGCUCCAUCCUGGCCUGCAGCGCCUAUGUGGCGUUGGCUCUGGGAGAUAACCUGAUGGCUCUGAACCACGCGGAGAAGCUGCUCCAUCAGACGAAAGUGUCCGGAUCACUGAAGUUCCUGGGUCACCUGUAUGCUGCUGAAGCCCUCAUCUCAUUGGACAGGAUCUCCGACGCCAUCUCCCACCUGAACCCGGAGAACGUGAGCGACGUGUCGAUGGGAGUCUUGGCCAGCGAGCAGGAUCAAGGGUCAGACAAAGGAGACGAGCCCAUCGAGUCACCAGGGAAGCAGACCCCCCUGUGUUACCCCAGCACUGUGACAGCAGCUCGGGCCAUGAUGCUGUUUAACCUGGGCAGCGCCUACUGUCUGAGGAGCGAGUACGACAAAGCCCGCAAGUGUCUGCAUCAGGCUGCGUCCAUGGUGAACACCAAGGAGAUUCCACCUGAAGCCAUCCUGCUGGGAGUCUACUUAGAGCUGCAGAACGGAAACACCCAGCUCGCUCUGCAGAUCAUAAAGAGGAACCAGCUGCUGCCAUCGGCUGUGCAGAGAGUGUCUCCAGACUCCAGGAAGAAACCCGUCCAGGCUCUUCAGACCGUCCAGCCCAUCCAGCUCCCCUCAUCCUUCACACAAGUUCAACGCAAAUAAGACCUCCUGACCCCCCCAUACACACACCACAGACUCCACACACACGCUCACCCCUGACCCAGAGCGGUGGUAUUUAUGAAGCUGCUUCCCUCAAAGUCAGCGGCCGUAUGAAAUACUGACUGGCUGCUGGCUGACGAGCUGAGCCGCAUUGUGGACUGAGAGCUGCUGACUUUUUAUUUCUUCAGACUGAGGAAUCUGUGACGUCUCUGUAUGAAAAUAAAUUUUAUUUACUAUCAAA